CUGCUGCUGCUGCAAGUGCAUCGCGCGCGCGGCCGCGUAUCGGCAUGCGUGUGCAUCGCUCGUGCGAUGCAUAUAUAUAUAUAUAUAUAUGCGCUCCGAUAUAUGUAUGUAUAUAUGUACGUCGCAUAAACUUUCGUCGCGCGACGCGCUUCUCGCGAGCGAGACGCACGCGACGAUCCGACGCGCACCUGCGGGUGCAUCCGCGACGUAUAGGUCGCGGCGUGCCCGCGAGCUAUAUCGCGGUGGCCUCGGCGAGCAGCUCGGUGGGUGCUAGUCCCACGGGAUCCGGCGUACCGGAGACCCCGCUGUCCGUCAAGAGUGCCGGCGCCAGUCCACCGCAGUCGAGCGGCAAGCAUCUACAUAUUAACCUGGGAAAUCAGUUCAGGGCGGGCGGCUCGCUGCCGAACGUUAACAACAAUGUGAAUUGCGGCAACGAUGCGAAAGAGCACUCCUCGCCGCACACCGGCGCGAUCCAUUCGAUCGACCUUAAGACGGCGCUCAGCAAUCUGGAGGAGAUGCAGCACAACUCCAUGGUGUAUCGUAGCGACAACAGAAGUCGGAGCAUGGGGGUGGGACCGAUGCGAUCCCGACCCAUGGAGAAGAGACACGACACGUCGCCGUACAGCGGCGUGCCUUACCUGUCGCCACCGCCGCCGGAUACCUGGCGUAGAACAAACUCCGACUCGGCUCUGCAUCAGAGCGCCAACGAGGCUUGUCAAUCAACCUCCGCCAUACCUCAUCGUCGAGAUCAGCACGUUAUGACCGGGAGCGGAAGCGACAACAGAGAUCCUCAUCACGGUUUCAUCGAAGUCCCACGACCAAGAUCCUCGUGCGAAAUACCUAGAGUGCCUGGGAUUAACAUAUACCCGAGUUCGCAACCACCGGGACAGCAAAUACCGAUAGGCAAUAACACGGGGUCGUUGCCCGACUUGAGCAACGUACACUUUCCGUCACCUCUUCAUACUCCUCUGGAUCAGGAGGAUCAUUCGAGUAGUACGCCGUUCAGCAACAGUCCUCAAACGAGCAGUCCCACAAACCUGUCGCCGACCAGCUUGGCACAAGCUGGUAGGCUGUCCUUUUCACAGGAUCCGUCAAGCGUCCAACAGGGUGUGGCACUGGAAAACAGCACAAGUACUUCGCAACAGGAUCUUCAGAGCUAUCCACAGCAACCGGCGCCGACGGCGACGUCUCACAGCCCGACUGCCGGCCACUACAUUUAUCAACAAUCGCACAGUCCUGUGCCGCCGCAAAGUCCAAAAACGUCACAGGCGCAGCAACAAUCACAACAACAGCUCAAUUCGUUGGGAUCGUACAGAUCCACGCAGCCGGUGAACAGGCCCUCGCCGCAAUCGUCACCUAGUCUAACAGUUCAAGGAAGUCCCUUAAGUUAUAGCAAUAAUCCAUCGGCGCCGCCUAGUCCUACAGGACAUCCGGGUCCGCCCAGCUUGACGUCUGACGCUAUCGAUCAGAAUACUUAUUUCAUCAAUCAGGCGCAAGCGGCCGCCCUUCAACAGGAUUUCGAACAAUUCACAAUGGGACUGGAGUGGCCGAAAUUCGCGCAACAGCUGAUGGAACUCGGUUGCACCUGGACCACGCAGAUAGAGAUGGACACGCCGGUGCAGGCGAACACGAUCGGGACGUAUAUCGGAUCACCGAAUCAUACUACGAAUUACACACAGAACGACAUGAUUAAUGUCGGUGGCGAAUUAGGCAGCGGGGACGCGGGGUACUUCAGCACGAGUCCGCAAAUGGCGUAUCAACCUGCAACGACGACGAACACCGCUACCCAGCAGCUCACACCACAAACUCCAAACACACCUACGAUCAUUCUCACAGAUUUCUCCGGUGCGGACGAUCUCACAAAUCCGGAAUUCGUGAAGGAUCUAGGUACAGCGAUGAUGGGCGAUUUUGACCCGGAAAUGUUCCCAUCGGACGACGCCCUCAGACAGGGCCUCGAUCCAAUCGACGUGGACGGUUUACAAAUGCUCGCCGACCCUACGAUGGUCAUAUCGGAUUCCAGCGCCGAAGCCCACUUUAGGUUAGAUCGACUUUAAGGGAAGAGAUUUUACUCAUUUACCAACACACAUACACACACACACAUACACAUACACUCCCGUAUCGACUAUUGUAUAGGAUAAAAUAAAUUCUGUCCUGGUGUCGCGAUUAAUUCUUAAGACACUUUGACAUAUUGGGAUACUUCUUGGGCACUGACAAAUUUGCAGGGAAUCAAUAGCGCGUGUCAAGAUAUGUGUAUAAAUAAUAAAUUUAUUAGUAAAUUUUAUUUAUACAGCAUAUGAAUUUAUAUAUAUAUGUAGAUUUUAUACGAAUGUUUUUUCUCGUUUAAUGGCGCGCAUUUUUUUUUAUCGCGCGACUCAUGCAUAAAGAUUUGAAGAUCUGCAUUGUUUUUUUUUUUAUCGAUAUAGUAUAUUUGAACACAAAAAAAAUCUGUCGCGAUGUUUUCUGGAAACAGGUCAGUGGCCAAUGAAAGUUGUCUCUCGCUCGUGAUAAACCGUUACUUGACGAUUAAGUAAUAUAUAAAAAUCUUUAUUAACCCUUUUUUUUAUUUUACACUACUUUGUAUAUUGUAUCAUGUAUGAUCUCUAAGAAGCACAAAAGAAAAUGUUUACUGAUUUAUACAUGCUUUUAUCAUAAUGCAAUUAUAUAGUGAAGUAAUCUACCGUUUAGGCCAAUUUAAAGUUUAGAGAAUAUUACGAUCAAUUACGUUCCUCGACGAAGGAACGUACUAAAAAAAAAAAA